UGGAUGCGCCAGAGGUUUGGGCGGCAAAUGUCCUGAGGAGAACGAAAAAGACCCCAAAAUGGCCCAGAAGCGGCGGCUGCGGAACAGCGGCGGGCAGGAUCCCCCGUCGAAGGUCUUCAUUAUGGAUGAAACAGUAGCUGAAUAUAUUAGAAGAACUGUGCUGCGAAUACCACGUUCAGAAACAUCAAAAAUGCUGACUUCAUGGGGGUUUCUGUCCGAGACUCAACUUCAGUCUUUAAAAAUUCAUCAUUUUAAGGAAAACAUAUCUCAAGCAGUUGUUGAACUUUGUGAGGAGAACCAGGCAACUAUCAAAGAUGCAGCAGAGUUAGAUUUAAUUUACAACUACACCUAUCAAGACAAAAAGAGCUGGAUUGCUUACCAACUGACUAAAAAAGAUAGUGAAGAUUCGGUUACUUUUAACUGGGCAAAUUUCAAAAAGAAAUUUAGAUACACUCUGCUACCUAUUUUGAAAAAUACCACUCUCAGCUUUAAAGAAUAUGAAGACAAUGCAGUAUGGAUUCGAAUUGCAUGGGGAACACCGCGUAUAAGGCCUAAUCAAUACAAGCCAACCUAUAUAGUUUACCAUUCACAAACCCCUUAUGUCUUUAUAGCCAAUUCUAGAUUUAAGGGUAAUACAUCUUUGCUUUUUCAGGCCCUGUUGGCUGCUACCAGUUACAAAGACAUCCAUGAAAUGGGUCUCCGAAGCCAUUGCUUAGACUCUCUUAAAGUUAUUUUGCUUAAAAGAUUUUGCCAGAAUUUUCAGACAUAUCUCCCUCGACCUCUACAAGAAAAAAACAGUGCCCUGGAAAACGUUGAUCCAAGGAUAAUUCUUGAAGAUGAACUUGAAAAGGAGAGAAUUCAGAAAGUUAAUCAGGACACUUUUGGUGAUGGCCCUCAACCAAAGUUGGAAUUUGCACAAUACAAGCUUGAAACAGUGUUAAAAAGUGAAGAAAUAAGCACCUUGAAUACUGAUGAGCCAUUUAGAUGUAUGAUCAAGUUUUCUAGUCCUCAUCUUCUAGAAGCCCUUAAGUCUCUAGGGCCUUCUGGAAUAGCAGAUGCUCCUCUUUCACCACUACUCACCUGCAUCACUCGAAAAGCCAGGAACUAUUUUAAAAUCAGAGAGAAAAAAGAUGAUCUUUCACAGACCAAUAGUACCUUUCAGGUAAAUUAAAGAACAAACAUCUCUUUGCUGAGACAAAGAUGGACUUCCCGCCUCCCAUGUUCUCUGUAUCUUUCAUAUUACUGUAUGGUUUGCAGAAAAAUAUACUUUACAACUUGGAAGGACGAGACACUCCCGGUGUUAUAACCAGUAAACUCUUCAUACGUGCCACAUUCUUCUGACGCAAAGCAUACAAAAAAGAUUUUACAAUACUGGUGAAAAAUAAAUUGAAUAAUUCACAGUAUUAUCUUUGUGAGAUUUUGUAAACAAUUAUCAGUGAAGGUUUGUGUAUUCUUAACCAUGUAAUUAAUAAAAACCAGUGCAGAUGUUACCAAUGCCCAAUCAAUCUUGUCUAAUUAAAAAUGAAAUGCUAAUCUGGUGUAUAUAAUCCAGUUAUUUUAAUUGCUUGUUUUGGAGAAGUUGCUGUGAAAACAGAAUGCACUCUGUACAAACAUUGAUAAUAAAUUAUACUAAAUUGAAUUUUAAACUAAAAUUUUAGUGAAUCACGUAUAUUUUUAAUAGGAUGGCUUUAUAUGUACUUGGAUGUCCAUGAAUAUAAGUCAUAUACUGCAGAAGACUGUUAACAAAUGUCAAGGUUCUUUCUGACAAUGCAGAUAGCUAUUUUAAGAGGUUUUUGAUUCUCAUACUUUGUAAAUAU